GGGUCUGUCCGCAUCAAUCGUCUGUCAACUCUUCAAUACAAGAUUGCCCACGUAGGAAGGACCAUACUGUGACCAACCACACUGGCCCAACCGAGAUCUGCUCAUUUCGACCUCAACAUCUCCUUCGGCCACUCGGGGUAUUUAGGGUCCAGGCGAAAAUUGCGGUCUCUCGUGCCACUACUCAAGCUACAAUUUCACCAGACCAGUCUUGAUAAUGAUAUCAGCGCGAUGGAACAGCAUUUCAUGUCCCUUUUCAUUUCUAGACGUCACCCUCUUAGCUCUUGCUUAUGAAAAUAGGAAAGCGGUUUAGUGUUUUUCUAUAGUUCCUGAGUCUGGGGUUGACACAUGCAGUAUCAACAGAUGUAUGGUGGUUUUCCGUCUCUACCAGUGUUUCGCCGACUAGGUUUCUUAGUUGACUUAGGCAUGCGAUUUCAAUAUGCUGGAAAUCUUUGAGAUAGAACGGGACCAAUACUCGGUGGAUAUUCAAGGCCUAAUUCCCCGAGACUUUUCUUAUGAACAUCGCAUUGUCCCCAGUUUCAGUACCGAGAUCAGAAAAGACCGGCUACCCAAAAGAAAGAGGCUACUGACCAGAAUAAAACCCUCCACCUGUCUCCUGGUUGACUUCCUAACCACCGUCGCCAUGGCCACGUCAACAGCCAACGAGAUACCCACCGUCCUUGAGGCGCGGAACUAGCUCGAUGGUCUCUCCUGUUAGUCUGGUAGAGGUGAUUGUACCGGUGGGAGAUUUGCCGUUAAAGGAAAGGGCAAGCAAGAUAUCGCGUCUGAACUGAUAGGGAGUGCACCAAGAAGAUCACCAGGAUCAGAUGGAUCAGAACAGGGUUAGAGGAAGCAGGUUUAGGGUGGAGUUCAGCUUACCGUAUAUACCAUUACUGUAUUGUGAGCGCGGAAGAGAUAUGAUCUUAACAAUAAGCGACUAUCCAGCCCU